AUGUGGCUUCUCAAGGUUUUUUCUCUUGCAUGUUUGACUGCUGUUUGUGCAGGACAGGAUGAUUCACAUGCAGUAACACGCACUAUACAAGAAAAUGAAUUAGUCACAACUAAGCCACAACCUGACCCACCCACACCAAUUCUCCAGCGGCUGACAAAGUGGUCUGAUGUUUUCGAAACUGAAGAGCUGCAGUUCAGGUGUGAAGUAAACGGCACAGAGUGGACAUACAGCUGGUACAAAAAUAAUGAGAAGCUUCAUGAGGAACAGUCGUUGCUAACAAUCUCUUCAGUCGAUCACACCCAUGAAGGACAGUACUCGUGCAAAACUCACCUGAAAUCCAAAGGAGUCGAGUCUGAAUCCAGCAACACAGUUGAUGUGAAAGUUUAUACAAAACCCAAGCCCACUGUGACCCGAAGUUCUGAUUAUGCCAUGAUGUACCCUAAAGAACCAAUCGACUUCACAUGCAAGGUCGAUGUAUCAUCUGAGUGGGAAUACGUGUGGUACCAUAAUGGGACCGAAAUUUCAGAUUCAAGCUCAGAAAAACACACUAUACACACUAUAGGUCAUCCUGACAGUGGAAAGUACCACUGCAAAGCUAAGCGAGGAUCAUUCUACACAGAGGCCAGUGGUACCAUCAAUCUGCAGGUUUCUGACCCACCCACACCAAUUCUCAGGCGGCUAACAAAGUGGCUUGAUGUUUUUAAAAAUGAGGAACUGCAGUUCGGGUGUGAAGUAAACGGCGCAGAGUGGACAUACAGCUGGUACAAAAAUAAAGAGAAACUUCAUGAGGACCAGUCGUUGCUAACAAUCUCUUCAGUCGAUCACACCCAUGAAGGCCAGUACUCGUGCAAAGCUCACCUGAAAUCCAGAGUCGACUCCGAAUUCAGCAACACAGAUGAUGUGAAAGUUUACGAAAUCCCUGUUCCAUCAGUGAGGCCUUUAACCCAGUGGUUGGAUAUAUUCCCCACUGAGGGGGUGCAACUAAGCUGCAGGAUGCAGGGCAGCUCUGGCUGGAAAUACACAUGGUACAAAAAUGCAGAAAAGGUCCAGGUUGGUAAAACGGUGAAAAUUGAAAAUGAUGGAAGCAGGCUUACCAUCAGCUCUUCUUCUACCUCGGACCGUGGAAAGUACAGCUGCUUUGGGAAACUGGAGGACAGAUCUGUCAUCAGCAGCUUCAGCUCCAAUCUCACACUUUAUGUUUAUGAUACAAUACCGAAAGCCACGAUUGUGCAGAAUCCCAAGGCCAGUUUGAUGCACACUGAAGACUGGGUCUCUCUCAGCUGUCACGUCAAUGUCUCAUCUGGAUGGGACUAUAUGUGGUUCAAAGAUGAGAGUUCACUUGUCUCAUCUGGGAACACUCACAACAUCUCCUCUGUGGUGGUAUCAGACAGCGGAUCAUACAAAUGUAAGGUUAAAAGAGGCAACGUGUUUAAGCCAACCCAGAGUGAAGCCAUUGCGAUCAAGAUCGAAGAGCGCCCACAGGCUGAAAUAAUCUUGCAAACAAAAUGGUUGGAUGCCUUUGCAACAGACAGCUUAGCGCUCAAGUGUGAGGUGAAAGAUGAGAAUUCGUGGAACUUUACCUGGUUCAUGGAGAACGACAAACUUGAGGAGUCAACCUCAGAGAGACAUAUAGUUACACCCAACAAUGACCCUGAGCAGCAUCCGUACACCUGCCAGGGCGUCCGCCAGGGGAGACCAUUUUAUUCAAAAAUGAGUGCUCCUUUAAAGACCAAGAAUCUUCUCUUGAAGAGAAGAAUCCUUCUUUCUAUCUCUGGCCUACUCUUCUUUGGAAUCAUCGCCAUCUUCCUCGGAUGCAUUGCCCUCAAAUUCUUCCGCAAACCAGCUGCAGAGAAUGAGUUACCAGAUGAGAACGACCUGUUUCUCAGCAUGACGAAGACCAAAGACUCUCCUGAUGGACCCUGUCCUCUGGUUGAGUUCAUCACUGAGGCCUCUCUGAAGGCCAGCCCCAAAGCGGUGGAAGAGAAUGGGGAAAUCUGCAGCGAAACAACCUCAUUACCAAUAAUAUUAGAAGAGAACCAAGCUGUGAUGACUGACACCAACAAUGCCACAGAAAAUGGUUGCGGGCUGGUUUCCUUUAAAGCAUGA